AUGAGCGAGCACUCGCCCGUCGCAUUCGCGCCGCCCGACAAUGUGACCGGACGCAGCUCGGACGCCAACAGCUCCAUGCCCGGAAGCCAUGAUGGAGGCCUUUCGCCGGCCCUGGUCGAGUCGAUUGCCGGGCUGAGCGCGGGCACGAUUGCGACGCUGGUGGUGCAUCCUCUGGACAUUGUCAAGACGCGGAUGCAGAUCAGCACCAGCGCCGCCUCCGCCGCCUCCCAGAACCUCUCCACCGUCGCCAUGCUCCGCCGCCUCUCCAGCAACCCCAAGCCGCUGUCCUCGCUCUACCGCGGCCUCGUCCCGAACCUGUCCGGCAACGCCCUCAGCUGGGCCUCCUUCUUCUUCUUCAAGACGCGCUUCGAGGACCUGCUGACCUUCGCCCGCGGCACGCCCCGGCCGACGCCCUCCGACUUCUUCGUCGCCAGCGCCCUCGCCGGCGCCGCCACCAGCGUCCUCUCCAACCCGAUCUGGGUCGUCAAGACGCGCAUGCUGGCCUCGGACAAGGGCGCAAAGGGCGCCUACCCGUCCAUGUGGUCCGGCUUCCGCACAAUCUACGCCACCGAGGGCGUCCGCGGCCUCUACCGCGGCCUCGGCGUCUCCAUGAUCGGCGUCUCCCACGGCGCCGUCCAGUUCGCCGUCUACGAGCCCGCCAAGCGCCUCUACUUUGCGCGCCGCAGGCGCAUGGGCGUCGACGACGGCCGCCUGACCACCGAGGCCACCGUCGUCAUCUCCUCCGUCUCCAAGCUCGUCGCCGGCGCCGUCACCUACCCCUACCAGGUCCUCCGGAGCCGCCUGCAGGUCUUCCACGCCGACGAGAAGUUCGGCAGGGGCUUCAGGGGCGUCGUGCGCAUGACCUGGCGGCAGGAGGGCAUCCGCGGCUUCUACCGCGGCCUGAUCCCGGGCGUCGUCCGCGUCAUGCCCUCGACCUGGGUCACCUUCUUGGUGUACGAGAACGUGCGCUUCUAUCUGCCUCGCUGGGUAUCGUCGUGGUCAAGUUGA